AUGGACACCGGCGGGCGAUCGGAACUGGCCGUGGAAGGAGAGCGAGAAGUGACCAGGUUAUGGCGGACAUGGCGGACAGUCCUGGAGAUGCUGAAAGAUCGGGGCUACGAGAUAUCAGCCGACGAACUGAGCAUUCCGCGCUGGAAGUUUCAAGAGAAAUACACCGAUUCCGCGACCGGUUUGGCCGACCGGAGGUUGAUGCGCCUCCAAGCCCUUCCCUCCGAAGCCAUGAUCAAACGCGACACUCCCCGUCCUACGAAGUCCAACCCUGAGCCUCAAACCAAAGCCGGAACCAUCUGGGUCGAAUUCAGCCCUGAAACCACGAUCGGCAUCAAGCACCUCCGUGCCUUUGCCCAGCACCUCGACGGCCACAACUUCACCACGGGAAUCUUCGUCACCAUUGGCCCCGUCACAGCCGCUGCACUGCGCGCCUUCGAACCGCUCUCGGAACGCGGCAUUCACGCCGAGCACUUCCAAGAGCAGGAUCUCCUUGUCAAUAUCACGCGUCACGAAUUGGUCCCUAGGCAUGUCCUGCUGAGCGCAGAGGAGAAGAAAGUCCUGCUGGACAGGUAUCGUUUGAAGGAGACGCAGCUGCCGCGCAUUCAGCUGGGGGAUCCCGUGUCGAAGUACCUUGGAUUGAAGAGGGGUAACGUGGUCAAGAUCAUUCGCAAAAGCGAGACGGCGGGACGGUACGCAAGCUAUCGGUGGGUCUUCUGA